AUGGCUCCCGAGUCGGCUUAUACGGCUGGACCGGGCGCCCCCUCCACCCCUAAGGAAAAGACGCCGACCCCAAAGCGGGUUGAGAGUCCGAAGGGGGGGGUUGAAGUGCUGGUUCACUCACCAGUGGCGACCACCGGGCAGACCAGAUUGCAGCGGGCCAAGCACCAUUAUUUAAAGGCGAAACAGGCAGUGGACUCGUCCAGGAACCUCAGGAGGGAUAUCAAAGAGACCAUCCUGGGGUCCCUGGACGAGCUCAAGAAACUGAUUAUUGAGUCCGAAGCCGACCUGAAAGCCGAGAGGGCUCGUAAGGGGGCCGGGGGCUCCGUGAAGGGUGUGUCGACGACUAAGGACGCCGACACCACAUUUACGGUGCCCUCGGACUCCAGACUGAGCACCAAACUCGACGAGCACUCUCGGCUUCUCCUGGAGAGUAAUGAGCGGAUGAAGGCUCUCCAGGAGCAGCUCACUAGGUGCAGCAGGUCGGCCGAGGACCAACAGCGUAGUUACGCCUGCGUGGCUGCUGUGAGGCCGCAGCAGCCAGCGAGACCCGCUGCUCUCCACUCGGUGGUUGUCACCUCCAAGGACGAAGAGGACACAGGAGAGGAGGUCCUUGGAAAGGAACCUAACCAUUAUUCAGCUAAGUUACUAGCUAAAGUAUUCUACCCUGAAGAUGAAGUAAAUAAGGACACCGAAGAACAAGGAAAAGUUCGUGAUGAAUCGAAUGCAAUUAUUAAAGAUCUAAGAUAUGACUCUAUUAAUUUUCCGAAAUUCACCGAAGAAGAAAUAGAAAUGAAUUUAACGCAAAAAAGUAGCUUAAAGUAA